AUGAAGAGAGAAUCAUUGCUUUUCAAUUAUAUAUAUGAUGUAACUGAAGAAGAAAUUAAAAAAUACAUUGGAUUGAGCAUAUUAUUUGGUUUAGUUCACAUAAGUCAGAUCAGAAACUAUUGAUCGAGCAAUCUUCUCUAUCAUAAUAGCGUUAUAUCCAGUACAAUGAGCAGAUAUAGGUAUGAAGGUAUUUCCAAAAUACUUCACUUAUCACCUCCUUCAUCAUCUCAAUGGGCUGGACGGUUAUCUAAACUUAGUCCAAUCGCUGAAAUUUUGUGCCAAAAUUGCAAAAGAAAUUAUGAAUUAGGCAGAGAAAUUUCAAUUGAUGAAAGCAUAAUAAAAUACAAAGGCCACCACAUUUCCAAGCAGUAUAUAUCAACAAAGCCAAUAAAAAUGAGGAUUCAAGGUAUUUGUAUUGUGCGAUUCAAAAAAACACGCUAUUUAUGAAAUUAUGAAAUUUACCCUGGAAAAUCAGCAAAAAUAGAAAAUAAUAUCGCAAAGGCUGUGACACUGAGACUGAUUGAAGAAUUAAGAUCAAACUGGCAUCACAUAUAUUGCGGCGAUUGAUAUUCAAGUCCUGAAUUAUUCAGAAUUUUAACAAAUCAAGGAUUCGGAGCAACUGGAGCAGUGAGAAAAAAUAGGAAAGGAUUGCCAAAGUUUCAAAUAAAUAAAAUGAAUCGAUUGGUGUUUUUAUUUCAGUAA